AUGCCGCCCAGCUUGUUGUCUACACUUGGUCUCGACUAUACUCAACCAGCAGAGUCCGUCUCUGCCCUCUCUUCUACCAUCAAUACUUGUGCUACUGGUGCUCAGGCUUCCUGGUCCGAGUUGGGCUGCCAAACAAGCCAGCGAAAGCGGCGAGCCGGUAGGCCCGCAGCUGUUGCUGCUGCUACAUCAGGUUCUUCUUCCGUCGGGACUUCAUCUGCCGUUGAGCCUAUUUCUGCUGAUUUCAUUUCCACGAACUCUCUUCUUCGCACACCUCUCGUUUGGUUGCGUUUCGUUAACUCUACUGCUAGGCGAGCUCGGCGCCUGCCAAUUGGUUUGGAUCUAUUAGAUACGCUACGAACAUUGCUGUCUGCUGCUCUCGAAUGCAGCACUCAGUUGGCCAAUCUUUUUCUUAGGCCACAUUCCCCACUCAGUCUUCUCGAGGUUUUGCUGCCUCGGCCGUUAUCCGCUCUCGAGAAACUUCUGCGCCGCGAUAAUGCUCUUUGGCCAAGCCAGAUUCGUUCGUCUGCCAACCAUCCACACCAACAUAAUUCCUCACUUAGUAGUGAAAGGUCGCAUUCAAAUAAGAGUGGUUUGGGUGCUGAUGCAUAUACUAAAGCCUGCAAAGAAAACGCAAAGGCCUUUCUUUACCACCUAGACUCUUGUUUAAACCAGGAUCAGUUAUUUUCAAGUAUCUAUAGCACCAUGCUAUCUGGUGAAUCUGAAUGGACGCGCCGUCUUCGUGAAUCUAAUACCGCCAAGUCUACAGAGCCAAAUCAGUCACGCAUUGAUGUAGACAUGCGCAGAGUGAGAUUCACCUGUCCCAGAUGCGAGCGCUCGAUGAGACCAGAACUGUCCACUGUGUUACGUUGUAUUGAAAGUCUUAGGGCUUUCAUCGACGAUAAACUGAAGCUUGUCUACUCAGAUAUUGCACCUAGCUCCUCAUUGAUGAUGCGCUUCCCAGAAAUCAUUGCUGCAUGCUUACUUGUGCAGCGUGCCCAGACCUUUGUAAAGAAUACUCGAUCUGUUAUACUGUCGUCCAAUGAAUUACGUCAUGCCGUAGCUGAGUAUGAAGCUUUUUCGGGCUCUCAGAUUCCCCUUACGGAUUGCCAAGACGAUGGAUCGCAACAAUCAGAAUCGAACGCUAUUGCAGGAAACUCAGAAACUUGUGGCUUGAUCAAUUGGCCAUCAGGUCCUGCAGAGUCUACGGGCUGUUUAAAGAGUCAGCUUCCUGCCAGUGAAAGGCAGAAUGAUCAAUUCAGCAAUGUGUCUCUACUCUCAAGGCAGCCUCCUUCCCACUAUAACGACCGCCACCACCAUCAACCUCUCCUUACCUCACAGCCACUUACUGCAAGCCAUCGAAUCACUUCCCCCGUUGGCCCUCUUGUAUCCUCUGGUCUUCUUGAAACUAAUAGUCACAACUCCAAUACCAACACUUGUCCUAGCAAUCUGACUGCUCAUGUUAUGUCGACAAGUGGCCAGGUAAUGAGAGGCAGUAGCCAUUUUCAACUGGAGCACUCGCAGCAACAAUCAGCUAAACGUACUCAGCCAGUUUUGGUAACUUCAAACAUGACGCCUUCUUCAGGUCUGGUAUCUUUGGCAGGACACACAGGACUUCUGACGAGUUCGGAUGGUCUUUCGGGAAUUACGUCUACCGGAGCCUCAUCUGCUCUUAGUGCUACAACAGGAUCUAUCGUUGGCGCUGGUCAUCACAAACAAGGAGGAGUUUUGAUGCAGCUACAUGUAUCCUCGGGAACAGAUCAGGUUAGCGACUUUCAAGAUGAUAUUUGCGCAGUCUUUCAAAAUGUUAGGUCACUUGUGACUGGAUAUUAUAGCACAGAUUACUUCCACAUAGUUAAAAAUCGGUAUCACAAUCACUUGGUGUCAGCAACAGAUUGGUCGCAGCCAUCAGCCUGCACUUUAUCCGUAUUGGCGGAUUUCGUGUUGUGUUUAUAG